AGUUAACUAUCAUAAUCAAGACUGCAUACUAUUUCAAUUGUUCAAUUAACUUUAAUAUGGAUGAUAAAAUUUUGAAUAUAAUCUGUAUAAUUUUAAUACCAAUAACGAUAAUUUUUACAGGAUUUAUUGUCAUAAUCCAUAUAUUAACUUUAUCUUAUCUUAUAAUAAAAACAAUUAUACAAUAUUUUAUUAAUUUUAUUAAUAAAGAAGAAGAAGAAGAUAAUGGAUGUUGGAUUCCAUUCCAACAACUUAAACAAAUCGAGUUUAUUGCAAGUGGAGGUUUUGGCAGAGUCUUUAAAGCAUUAUUGGAUGAUGAUAGUUCAAGAUUAAUCUUUGAAAGUGAAACAAAAUCAAAAAUAUUUAAAAGUGGAAGAGAAGUUGCCAUUAAAUAUAUUACUUGUUCAAAUUUAUCCGAAUUUCAUGCGCAUAAAUUAUGUAUAAAGUCUAAAUCAGUUAUACCACUUAUCGGUAUAAGCAGAGAUAUAGAAACGGGAGAAUUUUUAUUAGUAAUGAAAUACGCACAUAAAGGAAAUUUAAGUCAAUAUUUAAGUAAAAAUCCAAAACUUUCGUGGAAAGUAAAAUUCGGUUUAAUCUUAGAUAUUGCGACAGGCCUUACCGAUAUCCACAGAACUGGAUUAAUUCAUGCAGAUUUUCAUAGUGGCAAUAUAUUAAUUUCCGCGGGAGGAAAAGCCCUAAUAUCUGAUCUUGGUUUAUCGAAAAAAUUAAAUAGUUCAACUUAUCCUGAAAUUUAUGGGGUUAUUCCAUAUGUUGCACCAGAACUUUUUCGUCGUAAAACCGGUUACUCUCAAGCAGCUGACGUUUAUAGUUUUGGUAUCGUCUUGUGGGAAAUUUGCUCUGGUCUUAAACCAUACAAUGACCGUGCUUUUGAUAUGAUUCUUCGUUUAGAUAUUUGUUCAGGAAUAAGACCUGAAAUUCAUUCUGGAAUUCCAAAAUUUUUUGAAAUAUUAAUGAAAUCGUGUUGGGAUGAAGAUUAUUUAAAAAGACCAUCUAUGGAAAUUGUCCUUAAGUAUGUAAGGAAUUUGUACAUUAAUUUUGAUCAGGAAAUAUUAGAUUUUGAUAAUUCGAAUAACUCAAAUGAAAAUGAUAUCGUGAGAAAUUUGGAUAUUAAAAUUACAACAAAUAUGAACGAUCAUGAUAAUACAAACGAGAUCAAUUAUUAUACGCUUUGUCAUGAAUACAUAAUAUAAAUAAUUGAUUUUAAACUUUAGAGUUUAUUACAUAAUAAUAAAAGUGUAUUAUAAGUAUAAAACAAUAUUAACAUGGAAAAAAAAAAUCGAG